CUCCUCUGAGGCUGUCCAGUCGCCUCGCAGCAGCGAGCAGCAAGCAGCGAGUGCCCUGUUCCAGUCCCGGCUUGGAACUGAACUGUGUGAGCGCGGGUCCCGGAACCCGGGCCCAGGAGCGGCGAGCCCGGGUCGGCGCCCAGGGUGCAGCGGUCAGCGUCGGAGGCCCUGACUCGGAACCGAGCCGAGGCGCGGAGCGCGGAGCCGGAGAGCGCGAGAGCGGAGAGCGAGGCGGGCGGGCCAGCGCCGCGUCCGGCGAGUCGAGGAGCAGGACCGCGGAAGGCAGGGAGACGGCCGCCAGCCGAGGGCAGAGGGCAGAGGGCAGAGAGCGGCCUGGCUCGGCGGACGGCGCCGCCCGGCCGGAUCCGAGCUCGCCGCCCGGGACGGCGGCCCCUGGUGGGGCGCGGAUCCUGGGUGGCCGUGGGGCCGGAGCGACUCCGCGGCCGACAGCGGGGGGCGUGCCUCCUCCCAGCCCAGCCGCCCCGGCCCGGCCCGCCCGCCCGCUGCGUCGCCGGGGCAUGUGAGCGUGAAGCCCGGGCAGCCAGCCGCGAGGACCGCACGGAGGAGGAGCCGGAGCGCGGAACCGCGAGCCGCGAGCCCAGCGCCCGGCUGAGUAGAUGUCCAUGAGGAGCCCCAUCUCUGCCCAGCUGGCCCUGGAUGGCGUUGGCACCAUGGUGAACUGCACCGUCAAGUCCGAGGACAAGAAGGAGCCUUGCCAUGAGGCCCCCCAGGGCGCAGCCGCCGCUGCUGAGCCCCAGCCCGCAGACCCCGCCCGGACCCCCCAGGAUGGUGCAGACCCCCAAGCUCCAGCCCAGGUGCCUAGCACUUUCCCAGGGGCUCCUGGGACUGUAGCUCUCCGGAGAGCAAUGGGUCCCCAGAACCCAAGAGACCAGGAGCCUCCGAGGCUGCUUCUGGAAGCCAGGAGAAGCUGGACUUCAACCGGAAUUUAAAAGAAGUGGUGCCGGCCAUCGAGAAGCUGCUGUCCAGUGACUGGAAGGAGAGGUUUCUGGGAAGGAACUCUGUGGAAGCCAAAGAUGUCAAAGGGACCCAAGAGAGUCUGGCAGAGAAGGAGCUUCAGCUUCUGGUCAUGAUCCACCAGCUGUCCACCCUGCGGGACCAGCUCCUGACGGCCCACUCGGAGCAGAAGAACAUGGCUGCCAUGCUCUUCGAGAAGCAGCAGCAGCAGAUGGAGCUGGCCCGGCAGCAGCAGGAGCAGAUUGCCAAGCAGCAGCAGCAGCUCAUUCAGCAGCAGCACAAGAUCAACCUCCUUCAGCAGCAGAUACAGCAGGUCAACAUGCCUUAUGUCAUGAUCCCAGCCUUCCCUCCAAGCCACCAACCUCUGCCUGUCACCCCUGACUCCCAGCUGGCCUUGCCCAUUCAGCCCAUCCCCUGCAAACCAGUGGAGUAUCCGCUGCAGCUGCUGCACAGCCCCCCUGCCCCGGUGGUGAAGAGGCCUGGGGCCAUGGCCGCCCACCACCCCCUGCAGGAGCCCUCCCAGCCCCUGAACCUGACAGCCAAGCCCAAGGCUCACGAGCUGCCCAACGCCUCCAGCUCCCCCAGCCUGAAGAUGAGCGGCUGUGGCCCCCGCCCCCCCAGCCACGGGGCCCCCACGCGGGACCUGCAGUCCAGCCCCCCCAGCCUGCCUCUGGGCUUCCUCGGUGAAGGGGAUCCUGUCACCAAAGCCAUCCAGGAUGCUCGGCAGCUGCUACACAGCCACAGCGGGGCCUUGGACAGCUCCCCCAACACCCCCUUCCGUAAGGACCUCAUCAGCCUGGAUUCGUCCCCAGCCAAGGAGCGGCUGGAGGAGAGCUGUGUGCACCCGCUGGAAGAAGCCAUGCUGGGCUGCGACAUGGACGGCUCCCGCCACUUCCCGGAGUCUCGGAACAGCAGCCACAUCAAGAGGCCCAUGAACGCCUUCAUGGUGUGGGCCAAGGACGAGCGGAGGAAGAUCCUCCAGGCCUUCCCGGACAUGCACAACUCCAGCAUCAGCAAGAUCCUCGGCUCCCGCUGGAAGUCCAUGACCAACCAGGAGAAGCAGCCCUACUACGAGGAGCAGGCGAGGCUGAGCCGGCAGCACCUGGAGAAGUACCCCGACUACAAGUACAAGCCGCGGCCCAAGCGCACCUGCAUCGUGGAGGGCAAGCGGCUGCGUGUGGGCGAGUACAAGGCCCUGAUGAGGACCCGGCGCCAGGACGCCCGCCAGAGCUACGCCAUCCCCCCGCAGGCCGGCCAGGUGCAGCUGAGCUCCACAGACGUCCUGUACCCGCGGGCGGCAGGCGUGCCCCUGGCACAGCCGCUGGUGGAGCACUACGUCCCCCGGAGCCUGGACCCCAACAUGCCUGUUAUCGUCAACACCUGCAGCCUCAGAGAGGAGGGUGAAGGCACAGACGACAGGCACUCGGUGGCCGAUGGCGAGAUGUACCGGUACAGUGAGGACGAAGACUCAGAGGGCGAAGAGAAGAGCGACGGGGAGUUGGUGGUGCUCACGGACUGAUCCCGCUGGGUGGGCCCGGCCCCUUGUGGGGACAGACCCCAGCCCACCCCGCGGGCACAGCCAGCCAACCUGGACUAUGUUGGUACUUGGCCUUGGGUGUGCCCUGGAGAUGGGCAAAGCUGUGCACUUGUAGAUACGUUCAUGAGGGGAGAGUCCCCCUCCCCGCCACACCCUCGGGCAUGCCUGAGGAGCUGUCACCUGCUGGGCAGGGCCCGCACUGGUGAUGGGCUGAGCUGGCCCUUGGGGCUCACAGCCAGGGGACACUGGAUGGCCCUCCCUCCCGCAGCUACCCACAGGGAUGUGGCAGCUACAGACCUGUCCCCUUGGGGUCACAUGCUGUUUCCAUUCUUGUCCUGGCUGGACCAGCCUCUGUGGGACCACCACCCCCUCCCACACCCCCCCCAUCACUCCUCUAUCACCAGGAUCACUUUGUGCAAAAGGGUCCGGCUGUCCCUCACUGUCUUUAUCUCUGCCAAGCCCAUCGUGCCUCUGGCUGCUCUGUGUGUGUGUGUGUGUGUGUGUGUGUGUGCACAUGUGUGUGUGUUUUCAUCUGUUCGUUCAUUGCACAAGAUAUUUAUUGAGUGCCCACUACGUGCCAGGCACUGUUGCUGAGUUCCUGUGGCUGUGUCUCUUGACGCCACUCUUGUUUCUCUGGGGGCCUCUUUCUGUGCUUCUCUUUGUCCCCAAAUUGCUACCUCUUUGUCAGUCUGGGUGUCUCAGGUUCUGUGUGUUCCUUGUGUGCAUUUAUUUCUCUCUCUCUUCCUUGUCUUCCUGCAAGGCCCUCUUUGUUUCUCUCUCUUUUUCUCAGUGUCUGUCCCUGCCCCCCUGAUGCCCUCUGGGUCCCUGCAGGCCCCAGGUCUUUCCCUGGGCCCACCAGCCUUCCUGCCCCUCUCCUACCUGCCCCUUCACUCCACCCUGACUCUGCCUGUCGGUUCCCACGGAGCCCCUUUUAGCUCUGAGCAGCAUGGGAAUGUGCCUCAGCCUCCAAGGGGCUUUGUCCUGGUGCCACAGCCCUGGUCCCCACCUGACUGCAGGAGUGAGUGGGACAGGAGGACUGAUGGUGCUCCCUUACUGCCAGCCACAGGGGCCCCGGAGCCGGGGCUCCUCCACGGCAGCUGGUCUCCAUUCUGCCCUCAUGAGCAUGGGCUGGGGGCUCCGCAUUCUUGGGAGGGGUUGAUGAGAAGACUCAUUACCCUCUCCCACCUGGCCCUGCCCCUUCCCCACACUAGGGAGUGGGUCUCAGAUUCACAAGUCCUUUCCCUAAGGAGGUCCAAUCCCCUUGGCAUCUAACUCCAGAGAUCCGGAGCAGCCCUCAGACCAGGGUGGGAAGGGAACCCCAAACCCCACAGGGCCAGGUGUGGAGUCUGCACCUGCCCCCAUCUUCUCCCCUCCCUCUCCCCGAAGCCCCCAUUUCUUUCCAGGCUGUUUCUUUUUUUAUGACUGUAAACAUAGAUAGUGCUUUAUUUUGUUAAUAAUAAGAUAAAGAUGAGUAACUUAACCAGCACAUUUCUCCUGUUUACACUCGGGGGAUUUUGUUUUGUUUUGUUUUCUGAUGGCAUAAUAAAGACAGAUCAUUUC